AUGCAUUUGAACACAGCUUCCGAGAAGACACUUUCUGUUAAAGAAGUACAUGGAAAAUACUCAAUUUUGUUUUUUGAUCAUUUAUGGUUUACUGUUUUGCCGCUUGAAGUUUUAUUGCAGCAGAGGGGUUUCCCCAAGCAAAGUACUUCAGAUAGGCAAAGGAAAGAAUUCAGUAUGGAGCCUUGUAGGGAAAAUGAUGAUUUCUCAGUGGCUACCAAUAGAAAUAUACCUCUUGCUAUAGAUUCUAAUUCCGAGAACGGGUCUACCACAGAGGAAAUCAGAACUGAAGUGGAUCACAACUCUCCAAAGCAGUUUGAGCCUGAUUCUAAUCCUUUAAAGCCAAACAAGUCUCACAAUGCAAGUAACAGAGAAGUACUAGCUGUCUGUGUACCUCAAUUUGUUCAAAAUAGUAGAAUUGUGAUCAUCUUUAUUGAUGCAUGCCAGGCAGUUUUAAAGAUCUGGGGGUCGUACAGUAAUUUGCAGCACUUGUUGAGAAAGCAUGGAAUCAACACACAUAGAUUCAGCCAAUCAGAACUGAGAAAAUUAAAGAGCAUGGGGGCAGUGGACAUGCAGGUGAAACUAUGCUCAUUUAUCAGUGACAAAGAUUUUCGUCAAAUACUUAUGAAGUAUGACGAAAUUUGCAACACAAAUAAAGCCAAGUUUAUACACUUUUUGACUCCAGUUGAAAUCAGUGAUAAUUAUUCAGACUCUGUAAAUGUUCAAGGUGUGCAGAGCAAUAUUGGAAACAAUAAAAAUUCCAACAUCACUUGGCCAUCACAAAACACCAUUUCCUCAUUGCAUAGGAUUCAUGCAUAUAUGAUCGAAAACCAGGAAGUUAUUACUUUAUCUGAAUUAAAUUCCUUGUUUGUGCAUUUUGAGAGGCCAGACCUUUUACUCCAAGUUCUAUCAACCUUAGAAAUAACUGUCAGUAUGUUAAUGUCCAAUAAGCUGGAGAGAGUAGGGAUUCCUACUGCCAUUACUGAUGGUGACUGUGCAAGAUUGUUUAUUAAUAAGAAGGAUUUUGAUAGAAUUCUGCAAUACAAUGCAGCUUUCCUCAACCAAAAUCCACCAAAAAUUGUAUGGAUACAUUUAAAUGAAUCACAUUUACUUAGCAAGGGACAAACGUCACAAAGAUCAAACAGUGUUGCAGGAUAUGAUGAGCCUGAGGCUGUUGAUUCAUUGAAUAAAUCUUAUGAUUAUAUUGAGAAUUUCAACUUGAAUACCUGUCAAAGUGAAAUCAGUGCUGAAGCUCACAGAGCUAACUUGCAAAGUGGCCUGGGUAAGAAAGAUGAAAUGGAUGAUUUGUCAGAUAUGCUGCAUGUUGUGCCACAAAGUGGAAGUCCCCCAAUGUCACAAGGAGGUGGGACAAAUAGAUGCAGAUAUAUAAUUCGUACCUGUCGUGUUAAUGAUGAGGUUGUUGUUUGCAUUCCUGAUCUUCAAAAGGCUGUUAUUGACAUCUUUAAACAACGUGUGCAAGUGGGAAAUUAUAUGCACCACCUUAACAUUUCAACAAAAAGGUUUGAACGAGUUUUCUUGCAGCGGCUAAAAUCACACAAUAUUCUGAGUUCGAGAGCAAAACUGUGCACCUACAUCACCAAGACUGAUGCUGAAAGGUUAUUGCAAAUGUACCAUGUAAAUCAUUGUGACAAUGGAGACAAAAUUCUACAAAACAUUGAAUGGAGUGAGCCAAUCAAUUUAGAAGAUGCAGUCAACAAUGUCUGCGGAGACAGUCAAAGGCAUCUGGUUGAACAUGGUGGCCAAGAAACUUUGAAAAUUCCUUUGUUCAUUGUAAAUGAUCAGAUUGUUGUGUCAAUGCCUGAUGUUCACAAAGUUGUGCAGCUUUUGAACGGCCAAAGUGUCCAGUUGCAGUACAAUCUCCAGAAGUUAGGAAUUGUCAAGUAUAAGUAUCCUUACAAUGACAUUUGUCAACUGAAAGUUCUGACCCAGAUGAAAAGGCCAAGUUUGCGCACAUACAUCACUAAGUCAGAUGUUGAUAAGGUGUUGAAGUUUUACAUCACACCAGAAAAUGAAACCAGGUUGCAACUGAUUGAGUGGCAGACUCCAAUAGCAGUGGAAAGUGUGGCCUGCAGCUCAGCAUCUAGUGGAAUUUCAAGUGUAGAUGCUGAGUCCAUCAGCACAGAGAACAAUGAUGUAAAUCCUGCAGAUGGUGAGACAUGUGACUUGUAUUCCUUUUCAGAUCUUUUCAAAGCCUUUGUCAGUGAUGACUCAGAAUCUGUGGAUAGCUUUAAUGAUGAUGACGAUGACGACUUGCCAGAGACAUUGUUCCACCCCUCAUCGCCAUCACCAUCAUCAAGGGCUGGCACCACCAAUCCUUUACAGUCUACUCCAAUCACUUUCUACACAAGUGAUAAAGUGAAUUCUCCUAGUAAUCAGUUACAUCCAGUUAAACCAUUGUUCUCAAACAAUCACUUGCCACCAUUACAUCUUCCUGGCAGACAUGAUAGAGAUGUUAAUCAAGUAGGACUGGAUGUCAAUCAAAGAAGUCAGGUCAAUGUCGAGGAUGUGACAAGAUGUUGGAGCUGUGACACUCCAUCUUGUACCAAGAUGCAUCCAAGCAACAUCUUAGGAAAUAGUGCUGUCACAACUUGUAAAAGUAUUCAUUCAAAAAUUUCAAGUGAUGGUGGAGCAAGCCAGACUCUUCCAGGUACUUCAGUAAAGUUGACAAACUGUGACUGUAGCCAUCAUAGCUACAAAAGAACCAGGGAGGUUUUAGUCGGUGAGGGUGCAUGGAUGGAACAGUUGGCUAAAAAACACAGGGCAGACCACAAUGACCUUCUGAAGACCUUGCAGCACAAAGAAACAGAACUGAACAUUUUAUAUGACGCAUAUCAGGAACAAAUAAAACGGGAGAGGAAGCAAAGGCUGGCAGUUCAGCGAGAAUUGGAUCAAGUGAGGAAUUCCAAUGCGGAACUGCUACAAAACAUCGAAAGAAAGAAAAUAGAAAUGAAGAUUUUGCACGAUUCACACAAGCUGCAGAUGGAUUUGGAGAAAAAGAAGAGGGAACAGCUUCAGAUUGAACUUCGUAAUCCUCGAGGUAAAAUGUUUAGAGUAUCACUUCUGUUUUGCUAAUGAAGCGAGCACACUGAGUCAAGCAGAAGCAAUCAGAAUAGCUCUCCUUUAAUCCCGAAUACGGCUCGCACACCGCCAUAUUUAAGCUUAAUGAUCCAACUCUUUUUAUGCUUGACGGCUUGCUUUCGCCUGAAGGACAUCAGCCAGGAUCAGUAGCGCCAUCUCAAAACCUGUGUCACACUGUCACAUAUCGUCGCAUCCUCAACUAUGUUUUUGUUCUCUUUGAUAGGUGGUGAAGCACGGUUCAACAUUGUUCAUGUGAAACAAGAACCUCUGUAGUAAAACGAAUGAUAUCAAGCUUACUGCAAAUUCAGAUGUGGUGGCAUCCUUCCAAGUUGACUUAGCUAAAUAUAACGGCAAACCAGCUCCACAACAAAGAGAGUUACAAGAGUGACCACACUGAAUAUAUAUAAACUUUACAUACUGGAGUUCAUUUAUUAAUUUAUUGCCAGCUUUCGAAUUCUCUCAUGCCUUGACAUCAGCCAUAAAGUGUUUAACUCAAUUGAUAUAAAGAGCUUGGAAAACAA